AUUAUAUUCAUGUAUUUUUAGGUUAAGUAUGAACGCUGUGACGUCAUCAUGUACACAAACUCGGUCUGUCUGGGUGGAAUAAUUUCUCUUGGCUGUUGACGAAGACCACCACCACGACAUAAAGGUGUGAGUGGAUGGAAAGGAACAUUAUGGUAGCAUCAGGAGGCCAUCCCACACAAGAGGCAGAACAAUUCCUCACAACUGUAUAAGUCAGGACAGUAUGAGGAUUAGUGAACAUCUUCAGGAGAACAUUGUAAACAAGAUUAAGGUAAAUUGUCAACUCUCCAAGUCUUAAGUUACAAAUAUGAAAGUCAAGUUGGUGUUCUAGGAAACAGUGAGAAUAAAAAGAAGGUUCACACAAGUGAAUCUUUCUCCUGACAAUACCAGUUAAUGUGAUGCACUGUGUUAUAUAAUGUCUAAUUACAGUAUGAUGAGUGUUGUAAUGUUUCUACCUAAACAACUACCUUGUGACUUGUGCUUGUGUACACUGCUGAUAAAAGUUUCAAUAUAUAAAUGUGACAAGUGUUUGUCUGCUGUGCUUGUGUACUGGUGAGAUAAGUUCACUUGGGGUAAAUAUUCUCACACAAGUCAGCUCAAAAACCACAUAUGUGUGUAGAAUUAUUAAUGUAAAUCUAGCUGUGAAGAGUGGAGAACUUUUUAUACAAUACAAAAGUUACCCAAACGUGUGACACUGAAGGAAAUGUUUUCUUGUAUGGAGUGUUGUAAAGUGUGUAAAAGAUGGCCCAGUUUAUGAAUGAAAUAGCUGGACAUAGCGGCCAAAAUAAUUAUGAGUGUGUACAGUGUGGUGAAUUAUUUUACAGUAAUGAUUCAUUGAAGAUGCAUAGCUGUAUGGCUGAACACACUGAUGAGAUAAAUAUUAAGUGUGAAGAGUUUGAUGAAAGCUUUAACAGUAACUAUGAUGAGAUUAAUAUUAAGUGUGAAGAGCUUGAUGAAAGCUUUAACAGUAACUAUGAUGUGACACAACAUGUGACUGUUAAUGAGAUUUAUAUUAAGUGUGAAGAGCUUGAUGAAAGCUUUAACAGUAACUAUGAUGUGACACAACAUGUGACUGUUGAUGAGGUAAAUAUUAAGUGUGAAGAGCUUGAUGAAAGCUUUAACAGUAACUAUGAUGUGACACAACAUGUGACUGUUGAUGAGAUUAAUAUUAAGUGUGAAGAGCUUGAUGAAAGCUUUAACAGUAACUAUGAUGUGACACAACAUGUGACUGUUGAUGAGAUUAAUAUUAAGUGUGAAGAGCUUGAUGAAAGCUUUAACAGUAACUAUGAUGUGACACAACAUGUGACUGUUAAUGAGAUUAAUAUUAAGUGUCUCAAAAGUGGUAAAAGUUAUGACAAAAAAGAACAACUAAAGCAUCAUAUGGCUGUACACACUGGUGAGAAGAAUUUUAAGUGUGAAGAGUGUGGUAAAAGUUAUUCCAGAAAGGGCUAUCUGAAGCAGCAUAUGGCUGUACAUGCUGGUGAGAAGAAUUUUAAGUGUGAAGAGUGUGGUAAAUGUUAUUCCACAAAGGGCAGUCUGAAGUAUCAUAUGGCGGUACACACUGGUGAGAAGAAUUUUAAGUGUCAAGAGUGUGGUAAAAGUUAUUCCAGUAAGAGCCAUCUGAAGCAGCAUAUGAUUGUACACGCUGGUGUGAAGAAUGUUAAGUGUGAAGAGUGUGGUAAAAGUUAUUCCAGUAAGAGCAUUCUCAAGCAGCAUAUGAUUGUACACACUGGUGAGAAGAAUUUUAAGUGUGAAGAGUGUGGUAAAAGUUAUUCCAGUAAAAGCAUUCUGAAGCAGCAUAAGGUUGUACACACUGGUGAGAAGAAUUUUAAGUGUGAAGAGUGUGGUAAAAGUUAUUCCAGUAAGAGCAAUCUGAAGCAGCAUAUUGUUGUUCACACUGAUGAGAAGAAUUUUAAGUGUGACGAGUGCGGUAAAUGUUAUUCCAGUAAGAGCCUUCUGAAGCAGCAUAUGGUUGUACACACUGGUGAGAAGGAUUUUAAGUGUGAAGAGUGUGGUAAAUAUUUUUCCAGAAAAAAUGAUCUGAAGAAGCAUAUGAUUGUACACACUGGUGAGAAGAAUUUUAAGUGUGAAGAGUGUGGUAAAUAUUUUUCCAGAAAAAGUGAUCUGAAGAAGCAUAUGAUUGUACACACUGGUGAGAAGAAUUUUAAGUGUAAAGAUUGUGGUAAAUGUUAUUCCAGAAAGAGCCAUCUGAAGCAUCAUGUGGUUGUACACACCGGUGAGAAGAAUUUUAAGUGCAAAGAGUGUGGUAAAUGUUAUUCCAGAAAGAGCAUUCUGAAGCAUCAUAUGGUUGUACACACCGGUGAGAAGAAUUUUAAGUGUAAAGAGUGUGGUAAAUGUUAUUAUACAAAGGGUCUUCUGAAGAGACAUAUGGCUGUACACACUGAUGAGAAGGAUCUUACAUGAAAUUUGUAGGGAAAGGUCUUAC